CAAGCACUCGGACGUGUUUUCGCAUCCGUUUUGCCACCGUUACGUAUCGCUUCGCAGGUUCGCAGCACGGCAGCUCGGCAGGUCCGUGCCGCCAACAACAGUUGGCCAAAACAGAAUAGCAUUAACAAUAACAACAAUAACAACUGGCCAUAAUCGGACUAGAUUUUCAACGGGCUGUGGAGUCUGCCAAUACAAAUAAUAUAUAAUGUGACAAGACACGAUGGACUUCCAGAAUCGCAACAAUACGGCCAACAAGUUUGUCUGCCCCAGCGACAGACAAUUGGCUUUGCGUGCCAAAUUAAAAGCCGGCUGGAGUAGCUCAAAGACCAGUGAGCCACUGCGACCCGAGGAACAGGAGGCGAUCAUCUCGGUGAUCCGGCGGAAUGAGGAAAUCGAGGUGGCCGAACGGCAGCGGGUUGGGCGGCUGGUGGAGCGGGUCGAGAAGAUCAAGCAGCAUGCCGUGGAGCGUGGACCCAAUUGCUGUCGUCUCUGUGGCGACACAUUCGGCAUCCUUCGACCACAGCGCAUUAUCUGCGAGGACUGCCGCCAGUCGGUGUGUGCGAAGUGCAGCGUGGACAUCAAUAUCCGUUACCAUACCAGCGAAAGGUCUCGCGAGAUCUGGCUAUGCCGCAUCUGCUCCGAGACCCGCGAGAUGUGGAAGAAGUCAGGCGCAUGGUUCUUCAAGGGCCUGCCCAAGUACGAUAUGCCGCGCAGCGCCAGUGCCACGCCCAUUCCCAACCCGGGACCCGGAUCCAUGGCAGGAGACACGCGGGCCGUUCAAAGCUGCCAUGCGACGCCGACACGUCCAGCGCGGGUGAAGAAGCUCACGAUCCGUGUGAACGACAGCAGCUCCAGCAGUAGCGGCCAUUCCGAGCCGGAGGACGAGGUGGACGCCGGCGUUGGAGGAAUUGGGGGCGGGGGCGUGGCCAAAGGCAGCAUAUCCUCGGGCCGAUUGCAACGGGAGGAUAGCUUCCGGUUAAGGGCCUACGGUUCGAUACGCAGCUUUAUCGAUGGCGGCGAGCGAAAGUUGUCCAACUCCUUCUUCUUUGGCCGCCAACAAAGUCAGCGGCCGUCGGAGUGUCCGGAAUACGACAGCGUCAGCAUGUCAAAACUGAGACGGGAGAGCAGUUUCCUGCGACGCGGCUCCGUUAGCUCUUCCUGGUCGAUCAGCGAUAGCUCCGGUUCCGGAUCCAACAAUUCAGGCAACUCCCAGUCGCAAUCCCAGUUCCAGCAGCAUCAGCAACAGCAGCAACACUGUCGAGAUCCACUGCUGGGUUGGCUAGAGAUCGCCAUUAGCUAUCGGGAGGCCUUCCACAGUCUCGACUGCACAAUGGUGCGUGCACGGGAUUUACCGGCCAUGGAUGCCGCUGGUUUGGCUGACCCGUACUGCAAGCUCAACAUCAUUACGCCGGAGGCGCAUACCAAGUACACGCGUUGGCAGCGCACAAAGACGGUGCACAAAACUCGGAAUCCGGAGUUCAACGAAACACUGCAGUUCGUCGGCGUGGAGCCCGAGGAGCUAGGCAACUCACUGCUCUACGUGGCUCUCUUUGACGACGACAAGUACGGCCACGACUUCCUCGGUGCGGCCAAGGUCUGCCUUUCCACGGUGCACAGCACAUCGCAGUAUCGGAUCUCGGUGCCAUUGGGCGUGGAGGACCAGUACAGCAACGCGGCGGAGAUGGCCCAGAACUGGCCCAACGGCAAGAUGCUCCUCUCACUUUGCUACAACACUAAGCGAAGGGCGCUGGUGGUGAAUGUGAAGCAGUGCAUCAACCUGAUGGCUAUGGACAACAACGGCAGCUCCGAUCCCUUCGUCAAAAUCCAACUCAAACCGGAUGCCCAUAAGAACAAGAAGCACAAGACCAGCGUCAAGUGGCGCACGCUCAAUCCCAUCUACAACGAGGAGUUCUACUUUGAGGCCAGUCCUCAUGAUCUCAACAAGGAGAUGCUCAUCCUUACCGUUUGGGACAAGGAUCUUGGCAAGAGCAACGACUUCCUUGGCAGCCUGCAACUGGGCGCCCAAAGUAAAGGCGACCGUCUGCAACAGUGGCUCGACUGCAUCCGAUUGCCGGAUCACUUCCACGAAAAAUGGCAUUGCCUCGCCCCCGACAAUCCCGCCCAUUGAGUAACCAAACCCCCUCCAAAAUCCCCAACUCGAUCCACCCCCAAAUCCAAUCGGUUCGAUCUUAUCUGAAACGAUAUGGAAGAUUUUUCCUAUAAGACACAUUUUUACGAACUGAUUUCUCAGCCAAGUUAGGUAACCAAAAAAUAAGAUUACAGAAAUGUAUAUAUAUUAGUUCGGGAAUUUAUGGAAAUUUAUGAAAAUUUAUUCGGCCUCAGACUUUAUACAACCGUUUUUUAUUCAUAUAAAUAAUAAAGUUUUCUAAUCAAAUAGAUUUGCAACUUCUGUAUUUUAAGGAAAGUAGCCUUUAUUUAUACGAUGAGCUUCACCAGAACUUUGCACUCCCAUAAUUUGUACUUCAAACAUUUAAUACCUUAACUAAUAGUGUAGUUUUUCUUUAAAUUACUUAAAAGAUAAAAAGAAAACCAACUAAAAUCAUAUAAAUAGUAAACUUCUUCGAUUUUCGAAACUCAAGAAAAGAACGAUUUGUGCAGAGAAAUCAGGUCGCGGAAAUAAGGCUUUAGCUCCAAAUAUACACAUAUAUAUAUUAACAUAUACAUACAUAUAUAUAUAUAUAUAUUAUAUACAUAUAUUUUUGAUAAGCCUGAGUGGGUGUGAGUAAGCAAGAACAAGCUAGAGAGCAAGUGGUAUAUAUAAUUGUGUGUGUUUGAGUGACUGCUUUCCAAAAUCUCGUACGUAACCCCAAUUUUCUAUGUCUAUACUUUGGCUCUUAACGACAUUUUUGUACACUGUAUAUAGCUUGUUUAAGUGUCCUUACCAAGGGUUAACCAACAUCAAAAUCUUUUCGAUUCAUUGCUAAAUUCAAUCUAUAAUCAAACGUAUACUUAUGUACUUCAAUAUAUCGAAAUAUAUACAUCUAUAUUCCCAAAAAAAAAAGGUUCUUUUACUUGGGAAUUUUAAAAUGGGAAAACAACAGAACAUAAUUUAACAUAAAUAAAUCAUACAAAAACAAACUUUAAGGUCUCAGAGGAAGACUUUCUUUUAAGUUUAUAACCAAUUUUCAGCCUGAAACUACUUGAAAUAAAAUCUAGCAACAUUUUUCCCAAUACAUGGCUUUAACAAAAGCUUUCUGACCGCUCCCGAAAAGCUCGUCGACCACCCUUAUGAAAAAGAAAUGAGCCAAUAAACAAAAAUCCAUUGCAAUUGAUAGGCAACGAGAACGUAUUACAUUUUUAGUGAACUGAUAAGACAGAAAGCCCUUUCCAGAAACUAUUGAUAAGGUUUAACCUCCACCAACAACACCAUAGAAAAUCCCUUUGAAAUCGUUUUUCAUUCAGUUUCAGUUCACAUUUAAUAAGUUUGGCAGAGUUUUAAAAAGUUGAAGCUAGCUUCAUCAUUGUAGUAAACAUCCAACACUAUACAAAUAGAGAUUAACAUCUAUGUACAGAUAUAGAGUGCCAAAUAAGUAAGCGGCCAAUCGAUGCGUUGCGCUCGAUUUGGAUAGAUAUAUAUGUUUGGAUGUAUGUAUAUAUAGCAAAUAUAUGAAGAUUACAUAUUUUCUA